GUCUGUUAAAACCAGACGACCUGUAAGAUGCUGGGCGUUCAUCUGAGUGUUUUGUUGCUGUUGCUGCCUGCUUGUCUCCAGGCUGCCAGAAUACUGGCCGUAUUUCCCUUUCCUGGACCAUCGCAGUACAUAAAUGUGGUACCCUAUCUGAAGACACUGGCCUCUCGGGGUCACCAGGUGACCUCGAUUAAUGCUUUUCCGCAAAAGAAACUAGUGAAAAACUUUCGAGACAUUCCCAUUCCUGAAGUUUUUAACAAUUAUGAUGAAAUAAUAAACAAGCUGGCCGAUCCAAUGAAUUUAUGGCUGGAGAACAAUUUCGUUAACAAGUUCUUUGUGGACAUCACACGCUCAGUGCUUGCCAAUAAGGAGGUGACUGAAACACUCCUGCCUCCUGGAAAGGAUCACUAUGAUCUGAUUAUUGUGGAGGCCCUACGAUCGGAUGCCUACUAUGGAUUUGCGGCCCACUUUAAUGCCCCCAUUAUAGGCAUCUCCACCUUUGGAACCGAUUGGAAUAUAGAUGAGCUGGUAGGCAAUGUCUCGCCUAUAUCGUAUACACCCCUGGUAACAGCGGGCUUCACCGAUCGCAUGACUUUCGGGGAGCGCGUGUCUAACUUUGUGGAUACUACAAUUGCCUGGGUCAACUACAAAUUGGUACAUAUGCCUGAGCAGGAAAAAUUGUAUGAGAAGUACUUUCCCAUAGCUUCAAAACGGGUUCCACUCAAUGAGUUGAACAGAAACUUCUCCCUGGUGCUGCUAAAUCAGCACUUUUCGCUAAGUUUUCCGCGCUCUUACGUUCCAAAUAUGAUUCAGGUUGGGGGUCUGCACAUAUCCCACAAGCCAGCUGCAUUGCCCAAGGACUUGGAGGAGUUUGUUCAGGGUUCCGGGACGCACGGUGUGAUUUACUUUUCGCUGGGCUCUAAUGUGAAGAGCAAAGAUCUGCCGGCUGAGAGACUUCAACUGAUCCUAAAAACCUUUGCGACUCUGCCGCAACGGGUUCUGUGGAAAUUCGAGGACGACCAACUGCCUGGAAAACCUGAAAAUGUUUUCAUCAGUAAAUGGUUCCCUCAGCCGGAUAUUUUGGCCCAUCCCAUGGUCAAACUCUUUAUUACCCACGGCGGGUUGCUGAGUACCAUAGAGAGCAUUCAUCAUGGUAAACCAGUAUUAGGACUGCCCUUUUUUUACGAUCAGUUCCUCAAUGUUAAGAGGGCCACGCAGGCAGGUUUUGGUUUGGGGCUGGAUCACAAGACAAUGACGGAGCAGGAGUUCAAGGAAACCAUUGAACGGUUGGUCAAGGAGCCGCGAUUUGCUGAGAAGGCCCGGCAGAUGUCGGAUCGGUAUCGGGAUCAGCCCAUGACUCCUCUGGACACGGCCAUUUGGUGGACAGAGUACGUCCUGCGGCACAAAGGAGCCUACCACAUGCGAGUGGCUGGCCAGGACUUGGGUUUUUUCGCCUACUACAGCUUGGAUGUCAUUGCAGCCCUCUUGGCUGGUGCUCUCCUGAUCCUUACAGUCACGCUGGGUCUGAUAUGGAAAAUAGCUAAGAUAACUGGACUUGGAAACACCAAGAACAAACAAAAAACCCAGUAAAUCGAAAGAACAGUACAUAGAUCGAUGUAAACACUGAAAUAAAGGGAGAUAAGAACCGAA